AUGAAGAUACCCAGUGCGGUUACAGGAUGCCGCGCCCACAAGCGCGCGUUAGAGGACGACGAUGAGCAUCACACGUCACGAUAUACUACUUUUGGCAACGAGAAUGAAUGUCAACGGCUUUUGGACGUACAGGUGGGGUUGUCUAUGGAUGCAGGCAGUCUACCAGGUCUUCAAGGUGCGAGUGGAAAACGUAGACACGGUAUGGAGGCCGUAAAGAGCCGCCGUUUGAAUGUGGAUACGAAUGAGUCACGUGAAGAGAUUGGCAUACAACUAUCGGCACAAUUGGACUCUAUAUCACCGGCAUUACGAGUGUCUACGUCGGACAUUGAUGCAGCCAGGAGUCCAUCACAUACCGGUCAUACGGUAUCCUUAAUCAGUUCGUUGGAGAUGAAGAAGGAAACAGAUGAGCAAGAGAGAUGUAAGUUGACGCAUGGGGAAGCUCGUAGUCCUAGCAGACCGAUGAUCCCAAUGCCAUUAGGGACGAGAGGACUCGUCCUGGAGAACAAGACGAGUCCACUUGUCUAUCGGAGAAAAUUAGAUGAAGAAGCUGCUGGAAGAAGAGGUGAGACAGACACGUUACUGGCAGAAAAUCAAGAACAGAAAAGGCUGUUCUUACAUGGAAAAAGGAUGGAAGACCAUGUGCUUGGAGCUCGUGGACUACCGACGAUUUCACACCUAUUGGAAGCACAUGGACAAGAAAGUAGCAUGAAACUAGAGGUAGCAUCGUUGAAUACUCCAUGUCAAGUUUCCACCGUUGCGUCCACUACUAUGUCUUCCUUCAAGCAAGGGACAACGACGAAACCAUAUCCAUCCUAUGCACGACGCGACCUUGAGACGGCAAAAAGGGUCAGAACACCAGUGUCAAGUUUGGCUGAAAUACUGAAUGUGUCCAAUGCCCCACUGCCAUCAUUUGGUACAGGUGACGUAUCGAGCGACGAAGAGCUCAUUGGUAUUCCGGGCGCAGACGUCGUUGACUUGGAAGUUUCUCUUUCGCAGGAUAAACUAGAGGAACUUUCUGUUACGGAAACCAGUUUGGACGACGAAACGAUUGUGUUGACUCUUUGCGAUGGACUUGCCAAUAGCUUGACGAAAGGCGAGCGCGAUCAAAUGGAGCGCGACAAUGUGUUCACGAUAGCGUUGGCCAAGCAACAUAGUCCUAUUGUUUUUGGACGCGAGCAGUUUCAGAAUGUGUUUGGCGACAAUAUUCGUGGCGUAUCACUUUCCCUUCUAAGUCGACGACAUUGCCUUGUACACGUUGAAAAUGAGCUGUCGCGAGAUAGUGCUACAAGUAGAGUGAAGGUGCAAAUUGAGAAUACGAGCACUAAUGGAAGCUGGGUGAAUGGAAUGCAGCUCAAAAAUGGUGAAACAUAUGAAUUGGAGCUUGGUGAUAUGAUCACAUUGUUAAGGAUUCACCGAGACGAGAAUGACGUAUCACUCGAGUACAAGCUGGUUCGAUCUGGCCCAUCACUUGACCGAAGCACCACGAACACAGACAAGAUGGUCAGGCGCAGUGAUAAGUUAUUAGAUCCUGAUUGCAUUGACCGUACAGGUGCAGAUCGACACCAAGGCCGACGAGCUAUACCCCCGGAGCAAGCAAUUUGUAUCGUGUAG